AUGCAGUUCUUCACCAAGAUCCUUGCGCUCUGCCUCCUCGUCGUUGGCGUCCUCGCCUCGGCCGUCGCUCCCGCGGACGAAGUCCCCAUCGCCUGGGAGGUUGAAGUCCGCCGUGGCGAGAAGGCCACGCUUUACGGUACCGUGCAGGAGGUCCACGCGCAGCUGCUCGAGCGCAACCCCAACUGGGACACGGAGGUCGCGCCGGCCCUGCAGGCGCGCGAUGCGGCCACGACGUCCCGAGUUGAUCGCCGCAACCGAGACGAUGGCUUCAGCUCGCGGUCUCUCAUCGUGUGCGGCAAGGACCCUUGGUCCAACCUGGCUGCCUGGCUCGACAACCACAUUUACUACCUGAGCCACAUCAACGGCAAGCCGUCCAACAGAGCCGGUGGCUGCGGCAGGGUCAGCUGCCAGCACAGCUGCGCAGUGUGGUGGUGCAACGACAACACCGAGGAGCUGACUCUUGGCUCGUGGAGCUGGCUCAGCAACGGCCUGUCGCUGCUCAAGGACUCGCCCAUUUGCAUGCGCGAGGGCUCGGCCAUGGUCUACAGCGAGCUCGGCUACCGCGUCAGGAUUGGAGGCGCGGACUGCGGCAAGAAGUGA